UCUGCUUGAAAUUAACUUGGACUAACAAUUAACGCCUUAUGAUUAACCAUAGUCUCUUUUCUGAUCGAUAAAUUGGAAGGACAAUUAAAAUUGAAGAGAAUUGAUUCCCUGUUAACUGUUAUGAGUUUUCAUUUGAUUACAAAUCUGUUGGAAUUGUAAUUAAAUUGUAAUUUGAUAUUCUUAGUCAAUAAGGUUAAUUGUAAACUUUAAAUUGUCUCGUUAAAACUGUCAUUUAGUUAAUAUAAUUUCUGGAGUUUGGUUAAUGUUUCUUUCUUAUUAAUUGUAAUGAAAAUGUUUCUUUCCGUUGUUUACCUUAUCAUCGUUAUCGUUGUUAAUCAUUCAGAAACCAAAGCGAUUGAACCAGAAGACAAACCUUCAACUCCAAAUGAUUCAGAUAAUAGUGAUUAUCAAAUUGUCCAACAAAUUAAGACUCUGCCUGGUAAACAAUCAGCUAAUGAUGUGAAGAAACGUAUUGCUGAAAUGUUCAAAGAGUGUAUCAAUAGCUAUAAGGAGAAAUUAACUAAUUUAGUUAAUUACAUCGAAGCUAAUUCUACUGGUGGAGAAAAUAAUUUCGUUGUUAGAUUGAUUAGAGAGAAAAUUAAAUUUCUCGAUUUUAUUGUCAAGUUGUAAUAAAAAAAUUUCUCUCAAUCAGUUAAUCUGAUUGUCAAUUUCCAAUUGAAAACAAUUAAACAUUUUGGAUUAAAAAUCAAUCCUUGUUCAAUCAAACGACAGUGAACAAAUUUGGUUAUUUGAUUCCAAUUCUUAACAAUUAA